AUGAAGUCGUUUCGACUUUGUUAUAGGAAAUUGGGAAGGUUAGUUAAUAAUUAUAAUAAUCAUAAUAAUCAUAAUAAUCAUAAUAAACAUAAUAAUCAUAAUAAUCAUAAUAAUCAUAAUAAACAUAAUAAUCAUAAUAAACAUUAUUAUCACACCAAACAUUAUUACCAUAAUAAGAAUGAUAAUACCUGCUCGAUUUAUAAUCCAUUUUUAAUAAAGUUUUAUUUAUAUAACAACUCAAAGAUAAAUAUUGAUGUAUAUAUAAAAUUAAUAUCCUUAUUAAAUAUAAAUAAAGAUGAAUAUAAUAAAUGUAAUAAUAUUUUAAAUUCUUCCAAUUUUACGGACCCCAAUUUAAUUUUAUAUAAAUAUUUUCAAUACGUCGAUAAAAAGAAUAGUAAUGAAAAAAUAAUUAAACUAUUGUCUUUGUUGUAUUCAAAAAAUAUAAGAGAAUACCAUGAUAAGAACACCUAUUUGUUGAAUUCAUCAAUACAUGUAAACAAUAUAUUUUUUAAACAUAUUUUACAAUACCAGGACAGAUUAAAUAAUAAUAAUAAUACAAAAAAUGAUGCAUCAUAUUAUAUGAAUAAUAAAAAUAUAUAUUCUAUGUAUACGGAUUUUUUUUUAUUUACUCUAGAUUUUUACUUAUAUUAUUUAUCCAAAAAUGGUAAUAUGCUUAAUAUAAAUGAACUAAAUAUUAUCUCUGAAAUAUAUUCCAAUGUAAACAUAACAAUAAAUAAGGAGAAUUUCGAAAAUGUGGAACAAAAAAAAGAAAAAGAAAAAGAAAAAGAAAUAGAAAAAGAAAUAGAAAAAGAUAUAGAAAUAGAAAGAAUAAGUAAUAAAUACUACAAUCAUACUAAUGAUAAAAAAGAAUUGUACGACAAAAAUAUUUAUAGGGACGAUAAAAAUAUUUGUUCUAAUUAUUAUAUGUGUAAAGAAAAAAAGGAGAAUAUACAUAAUGAUAAAUAUAAAGAUCCACACACAUAUAAUAAUAAAAUCUGCUUAUUAUUUAUAUAUAUUAGCUGUAGUAUUGUUUCACAAACAUAUAAACAUAUAAUGAGAAAAGAAAAUAAUGUAGAAAAAAAAAGAAAGAAAAUGAAAUCUUUAGACAAUUUAAUUAUUAAAAAUAUAAAUGAAUGUAAACAUAUUUUAAUGGAUAAUUUAAUAAAUAAAUGUGUUAAUGAUCAAUAUAUAAGAUAUAUAAUUUUAAGAAGAAAAUAUUGUAGUAAAUAUUUAAAUAUAAAUGUAUUAAAAAAAUAUCUUAAUAGUAUAAAAUAUUUAAAUAUAAUAAAUAUAAAAAAAAGUUUUUAUUAUAUAUGUUAUUUAUAUUAUAAUUGUUAUAUAUUUAAUAAAUCUAUAUAUUACUGUUCUUUAAUAUUUUAUUUAUUACAAAAAUAUAAUUUACAUUAUACAUAUUUAUAUAAAAUAUUGCUGAUAAAAUUUAAUUUAUUUCUGUUGAAAGGUAGGAAAAUAUAUAACGAUUAUAAUAAACACAUCCUUUUAUAUGGAAUUAAUAAAUUUGUUGAUACAAUUCUAAUAUCUAGAAUAAAAAAACAUGAUCGUAUAAAUACAAUAAAAGAUAUGUCCUCAUUAUUUAAGUUAUCCCAUAAUUUUUAUAUUAACAUAUAUGGAAAAGAAUAUUUAGACAAUAAAGUAAUACAUGAUCUAUUAUUUAAUAAGGUAUAUAUUAUUCAAAAUAAACAACACAAAAACAAAAAAAAAAUCAAAAAAAUCAAAAAAAUCAAAAAAAUCACAAACUUACACUUGUUACAAUUAACCUAUUUUGAAUAUGUAAUUUUAAAUCUAUUUAAAUAUUUGUAUAAAAAAAAACCAUGGCUUAAUCAUAAAAAUAUUAACAACAAAUUAAAUACAUCUAACAUUAAUUAUGUGCAUACUUGUGAUCAAUUCCUAUCUUUAUAUAAAAAUCAAAAAUAUACAAACACAAUAUUUGAUAAAUCUUCUAUAAACGUUUCAGAAAAUUAUUUAUCUAACAUUAUACUUUUAACAAUAUAUAUAGAAACAUCUAUGCCAAUUCUUUUUUCAUAUUUACAAAAGUUAUAUAUAUUUCCAAAAGUAAGAAUGAAAAAUUAUUUCAAGUACAAAUGUGAAAAACAAUUAAAUAUAUUAAUGAGAAAAAAUCAUGGUAAAUGUAAUAUUUAUAAAAAAUAUGUAUUUUUAAAAAAUAAUAAAAAUGGAAACAAGUAUGACUGUAUAAAAGGAAAGCUUUAUAACAUAUAUAGUAAUCCCUUGUGUAAUGAUAAAUAUUUGAACAUUUUUAUGUACAAAAGAUUACAAAGAAAGGAACAAAAAGUUGGUAAUAAUAAUGAUGAUAAUAAUAAUGAUGAUAAUAAUAAUGAUGAUAAUAAUAAUAAUAAUAAUAAUAAUAAUACUCAUCAUCAUUAUAAUCGUCAUAAUAAUACUCAUCAUCAUCAUAAUCGUCAUAAUAAUAAUCAUCAUAAUAAUAAUCAUCAUCAUAAUAAUCGUCAUAAUAAUAAUCAUCAUAAUAAGAAUCAUCAUAUUUCUAAUUUUUUAAGUUCCAUAUAUAAUUUAUUCAAAAGUAAAAUAUUAGAAAAUAACAAACUGGAUCCAUAUUAUUCAGACAAAUAUAAAAAAAAAUAUAUAGACCAGCACAACCUAUUUAAUAAUAUAAGAAACAAUAAAAACAAUAAAAUUAAAACUAGUCUCACACACUAUUAUAUAAGUAGCAAUAUAAAAAAUAUUUAUAAUGAUAACAAUAUAUAUAAUGAAAAAAAUAUACUGACAUUUUUUUGUGAUAUAUAUUUUAAUAAUCAUAUUAUUGAAAUAGAUGGACCUAAACAUUUCUUUCUUUAUUAUAAUUAUGAAUAUCAUAAUGAACAUUUCCUUAGUCCUUUUAUUUUAAAAAAUAAUGAUAUUUUUAAUUAUAAAUAUGUCUUCCCAUUCUUCUUUAAUAGUACGAAUAAAAUAAUAAAAAAUAUUGGAAGCGAUUAUUAUAUAUAUAAUGACAAGAGCAUUAAAAAGAAUUUCUUUUUGUAUACUUCUGGCUACUUUAUUAAGCAUAUAAAUUACAAGGAAGAGCAUAUAACAGAUUAUAAAUAUUUAUAUAAUCUAAUAUUUAAAAAAAAAUCCGACUUGCACAUAAUAUAA